AUGCCUUCGACCUGUACCUUCCCAUUCAGCCUGUUGCCCAAGGUCUUGAGCGUAAGAAGGAAAAGGAAAAAGCUUCGUGUACAGUUCGUGUCGGACUUGCACCUUGAAGUCGGUCGUCAAUACAGCAGCUUCCACAUUCCAGUGCGAGGUCAGAUCCUCCUGCUCGCCGGGGAUAUCGGGCAACUCCAACACUACGACGACUACCGAACAUUUCUUGCCACGCAAUGUCAGAAGUUCCAGCUGGUCUGCCUCGUGUUGGGAAAUCACGAAUUCUACGGACUGUCGCGUGAUGAGGGGCUUGGACUGGCCUCCAAAUUGGAGACCGAACCGUGCCUCAGUGGUCGACUCAAGGUCCUCAACAGAAACCGGGUCGACAUUUCCCCGUCCUUGUGUAUUCUCGGCUGUACUUUGCAAUCUCAUGUGACGGAUACGAACAGAGCCGAAAUCGAAGCGAAGAUCAAAGACUUCCGACGAAUCAAAGACUGGUCUGUGGAAAAGCACAACGAGGAGCAUGUCAAGGAUCGAGAAUGGCUUCUUCGCCAGCUCAGUGCUGUCGGUGACAACUACAAUGUGAUCGUCAUGACGCAUCAUGCGCCGACCGUACACGGCAGUUCUAAACCGGAGGAUGAAGGGAAUACAUUGACCGAAGCCUUUGCAACCGAUCUUCUCGGCACCGAUGAGGCCUUCUCUCGCCCUCAAUGGUGGGUGUUUGGCCACACCCAUCACACCACUCAGAUGGAAAAACACGGAGGCAUUCUGGCCAGUAACCAGCGCGGCUACGUUUUGAAGCCAGAAGCUGGUGCAAGUACAAGGACCUUUACGAGAGGACUUCUUUGCAACACCGAACAACGUCGAAACAGAGAUGCCUUCGAUCCCGGCAGGUUUAUGGAGCUAUGA